GGCACAAGGAGCGACCGCUUGCACUCCAGCUUAGCGUUCAGUUUGGCACAGACGCUCCGAGGUUCGGAACGACCAUCAUCCUCGUGCUUUCAUUUUUGGACAUUUUCCUGCAGCCAAACCAAUAAUCAGCCAUGGAUGCCAUUAAGAAGAAGAUGCAAAUGCUGAAGCUCGACAAGGAAAAUGCCCUGGACAGGGCCGAGCAGGCUGAGUCAGAUAAGAAGGCAGCAGAGGACAGGAGCAAACAGCUGGAGGAUGAUUUAAGAGAUUUGGAAAAGAAAAUGCGCGUGACCGAGGAUGAACGCGAUAAAGUGUUUGAGGAGUUGCAAGGUGCCGAGGAAAAGUUGCUGACCGCCGAGGAGGUCGCCACUAAGCUCGAGGAUGACUUGGUGGCUAUGCAGAAGAAGCUCAAGGCCACCGAGGAUGAGUUGGACAAGUAUUCGGAGGCUCUAAAAGACGCCACGGAGAAGCUUGAGAUAGCUGAUAAGAAAGCCACGGAUGCUGAGGGUGAUGUAGCUUCUCUUAACAGACGCAUCCAGCUGGUCGAGGAGGAGCUGGACCGCGCCCAGGAGCGUCUUACCACUGCUCUGCAGAAGCUGGAGGAGGCUGAGAAGGCUGCCGACGAGAGUGAGAGAGGCAUGAAGGUCAUUGAGAACAGGGCCCUGAAGGACGAGGAGAAGAUGGAGAUCCAGGAGAUCCAGCUCAAAGAGGCCAAGCACAUUGCUGAGGAGGCUGACCGCAAAUACGAGGAGGUGGCCCGUAAGCUGGUGAUUGUUGAGGGUGAGCUGGAGCGCACAGAGGAACGCGCUGAGCUCUCUGAGAGCAAAUGCAAUGAGCUUGAGGAGGAGUUGAAAACUGUGACCAACAACCUGAAGUCUCUGGAGGCCCAGGCUGAGAAGUACUCACAGAAAGAAGACAAAUAUGAGGAGGAAAUCAAGGUCCUCACUGACAAACUGAAGGAGGCUGAAACCCGUGCCGAGUUUGCUGAGAGAACAGUAGCCAAGCUUGAGAAGACCAUUGAUGACCUGGAAGAAAAACUGUCACAAGCUAAAGAAGAGAACCUCGAUAUGAACCAGAUGUUGGAGCAGACUCUAUUGGAGUUGAAUAAUAUGUGAAAGCCCUGGUCACAUCAUAAUGUCUGCAUUUUGUAACUUGAGUGAUUUUUCCUGUCUGAUAACUUAUCAGAUUACAUAAUGUGUGCCAUUUGUUACAAAAUGUUUAGUUUUCCGCUUAUUUUUAGGUAACAUUCUGGUACAUGUUUGUUUUAAUCUGGUCAUGCACACUUUGUCAUUUCCAUCAAAAGUGGCAAGGUUUGCAAAAAAUGCACUUAAUCCACAAUUUAUGCACAAUUGUAAUGGCGGACGAGGUUGAGUCUUAAACCAAAUUUAAAUAGAAUCCUUUAAAAGACGGUUUUAGUAAUCCAAAGUUUCCAAAGUGUACAUUGGAUUAGGUUGCCUGCAUGUACACUGGUGCUACUGUGAAGACAACAGUCUAACAGUUUGUAGCUUUUAGAUAGUAACUCUUAGACUGUAUACAUUAGUAAUUUGGAUGAUAUUUUACUUAUGUGCCAGCAGUAUCCUUGGCCAGAAAGGGACCUGUCUACAGAAUCUAUUUAUUUUCCUUUUUCAACUAAUACUCAGUG